CCAUCUUUUCAAGAGCUUAUUAUAAGAGGCCCUGGUUGAUUUUUAGCCCAUUGUUUUCACUUCUUGUCCUCUUUAUUGGGCCCUGCAGGCUCUCCAAUUUUAUCUAUUUGAUUAAGAACAAAAAAACUAAUUUAGUACUUUCUGUAUUUAAAAUUUGAUGUUCUAGAAUUUGUUGUUUUUUUUUUCAACGGACUUUUUUGUUUUAUUUGACAGAUUGAUGUUUUAGAUUUUAAUUUAUUUAUUUAUUUUAAAAUUAAAACAUAUAUUUAAAUUUUAAAAUAUAAUUAGCUGAACUUUAUUAGAAAAUAAAUAAAAAUUCAAACCAAUAAAAUAAAACUAGAAAGUAAAAAGAUAAAAAUAUAUUGAUGUGUAAAUAACCUUAAACAUUAUUCUGUUAAAUAUGGAAGGAUGGAGGAGACAUGGAGUAGUAGUGAACAAGACGUCUAAUUUACAUAUCUAAUUUUCAAUUUUUGUGACAUUUACAACGAAAUAAAACAGAUAUUUAUUCAUUUAAGAUGUUGUCUUGUUCGAAAAAACAAUCAAUCGAUAAAUUUACAAUCGAUAAAUUUAAUUUCAGCAACAAGAAUGGAAAGAAAGAAAGGGACCAGAAAAAUGCAAUAAAUUCAUACAUGAGGGAGGAGUAGAGAACAACCAACAAUUGAUGGAUCAUAAGAGAUUUUUAGUUGGUCUCUCCAGACAAAAUGUGGGUUUCAUGUUGAAUCAAUCAAUCGUUUUAGCAAAAUAAUAAUACCAGUAAAGAUCUUUUUCUUUAAUUAUGUCGGUUCAUGCUCACAGCUAUAUUAACAUUGUAUAUUCAUUUAAAGCCACAAGAGUAUUAAAAGAAUGAACAGAGCAUCGUUGCUGUCUUCACAAAACAAUAUUGGCUCAAACCGUUUUUCUUCCCACUUUCUCUGUUUCACUGACUCUCCACUUACUCGAACAGAAAGGUAGUCAAAACUUUACUGAGCUUUUCCUCUUCAUCGACCCAGUUCCUCAACAAUGAACGAAGAGAUGAGCGGAGAGACGCCGGAGAAUAAACACGUAAGUAGACCAACAUUGCCGGAAAAGAUCGACUACGUGUUCAAGGUGGUAGUGAUUGGUGACUCUGCUGUCGGAAAAACGCAGCUCCUUUCACGUUUUACACAGAACGAGUUCUGUUAUGACUCAAAGUCCACCAUUGGUGUCGAGUUUCAGACACGUACGAUCACUCUUCAAGGCAAACUCGUUAAAGCUCAGAUCUGGGAUACCGCCGGUCAAGAAAGAUACAGAGCGGUGACGAGCGCUUAUUACAGAGGCGCGUUAGGUGCUAUGGUCGUUUACGACAUAACCAAACGCGUAUCCUUCGACCACGUGGCACGUUGGGUUGAGGACCUACGUGCUCACGCCGACGACUCCGCCGUGAUUAUGCUCGUAGGAAACAAAGCCGACCUUGCCGCCGAUAAACGCGCCGUCACGACAGAAGACGCCGUCGAGUUCGCCGAGACUCAUCGGCUAUUCUUCUCGGAAGUCUCGGCUCUAAGCGGCGGGAACGUGGACGAAGCUUUUUUCCGUCUGCUAGAGGAGAUUUUCAGCCGCGUUGUUGUUGCGAGAAAAGCUCUGGAAUGUGAGAAUGGGACAACCGCGAAACUUGACGGUUCGAGAAUUGAUGUGAUCAUCUCUGGUUCUGAUCUUGAGACUGGUAAGACGAAUGAACAAGCUUCGUGUUCGUGUUGAUUUUUAGUUUUGAGUUUUGAGUGAUGGGCUCAAAGUAUGGGCCAGAAACCUCGAGACAUAGUGGGACUUUUUUGAAUAUCAUUUUACCCAUGCCUUUGUUUAUGGGCUUUUCAUAUAUUUUACUUAUUCGAUACCGUCUAAAAACUAUUCAUGUCAUAUUUAAUAUACUUUUUUCUACACCAUUUAUAAUAUAUAUUUAACAUUA